GGCUCGAGGACUGCCAUGCGGUCACUCUCUCGUGCGCCACUCAGCCCGUGAGAGUCGAAGAGGAUGGAAGUCCGUUCACUGUACUGAGACAGAGACAGAGAGAUAUUAGGCUAGUCUGAACGCUUGGUCCAUCCAGCAACAGUAUAUUUUUUAUCUCGGACUAGACCUCUGCUUGUGUCGGUGAUUUUUGUUCAACUUUUUGAUGAAAAGUUGUUUCCUAAGCCUAGGAGUACUGUGUUCUUUUCCAGAAAGAAAGACUUCCAGGAAUGGAGUCGAUACCCAAYCAACAACCAGCGGGACGAGACUCCAGCUCUUCCCCCAGCUCCAAGCAGGACGUUCAGCCCUUCUCCAGCCCCAUCUCCCUGAAGCCUAACCAAGUCAGCGAGACCGCGUUGUAUGGAGUGCACAUCGUGUCUUUGGUCAUAGAUGGCCAGGAAAGACUUUGCUUGGCGCAGAUAUCCAACACAUUGYUAAAGAACUACAGUUACAACGAAAUCCAUAACCGACGCGUUGCUCUUGGAAUCACCUGCGUCCAGUGCACGCCCGUCCAGCUCGAGAUACUGAGGCGCGCUGGCGCCAUGCCAAUCUCCUCGCGGCGCUGCGGUAUGAUCACCAAGCGGGAGGCGGAGAGGCUAUGUAAAUCAUUCCUCGGUGCUCACAACCCACCGAAGCUACCGGAAAAUUUCGCUUUUGAUGUCUCUCAUGAAUGCGCUUGGGGAAGCAGAGGUAGCUUCAUACCUGCAAGGUAUAACAGCUCGAGGGCCAAGUGCAUUAAAUGCACAUAUUGUAACAUGUAUUUUUCCCCGAAUAAAUUCAUAUUCCACUCCCAUCGCACUCCCGAGUCCAAGUAUACWCAGCCAGACGCAGCAAACUUCAAUUCGUGGAGGCGCCAUCUCAAACUAACAGACAAAAGCUCGUCGGAUGAUGUUGCCCACGCGUGGGAGGAUGUUAAAGCGAUGUUCAACGGGGGAAGUCGUAAGAGGACGCUACCUAUGAGUGGGUCAUCCAUGUCCUCUCCUUUGAAGUCACAUUCCACCAGUAACCCAACCCAAAGAAGUUCCCCCGAGGUACCCCAUAAAACGUUGCGCUGUGACGAAGACCGAGGUAGGCCUAACAUCAGUCUGUCAAAUGGCGUCCGGAACUACCCGGUUAUCCCUGUGCCCAGCAAGAGCUUUGGGAUGCUUCAAAAGAUCCAGCCACCUCUCUUCCCCCACCCGUAUGGAUUCCCUGCGUUUGGACUGUGUCAAAAGAAGGACGACGGAGUGGGAGAGACAAAUAAAACCAACGUUUCGGGUGUCUUUUGGCCAGGAGCAAAGGACAGUAUCUAUCCCUCUUUCCCGAUGUUUUGGCCUACWGCAGGUGGCCUACCGAUGCCACCGUAUCAACAGUCACCACCCAAACCACCCACAGAGCUCUUAAGUGUCCGACAGAGUGAUCUCGAGUUAUCGGAUCAAAGUGACCGGUGCGCAAACACACCUAAGGAUAGCUUUCACGACAGCGAACGGUGCUCCAGCUCACAAUCCACCCGGAACGACGAGGAUAAAUCCGGGGAUGAGGCCCGGUCGACRGAAGGACUCCCCACAACUCCAMGGAAGAUAAAUUACAUCUCUGCGUUCAGACCUGUGGUGAAAGACGCCGAAAGCAUUGCAAAGCUAUACGGCAACAGGGACACGUACAGCGGYGUGCGCUCUGGUUACCUAUCGCCAGAUUUCGUGAGUGAAAGUUCUAGCUAUAGGUCUAUGUCCCCGGAUGUGGAUAGCGUGGACGACCCAGACGUUGACGUGGAGUCAAACAGGGCACAAGAGGAUGAAGAGUCAGUCCAACUGUCAGUGGAGGACCGUCAGAGUCCCCCGCCCCUCAACUCAGCCCAUUCCGGGCCGGAAGAUAGUCAAGAGCUGCGGACAAGUCCAGGACCACACCCGGAAGAUCCCCACUCCGGGUCCUCUGAUGACGAGAGGCAGGGUGGACAGGUGUCAGAGCGCCAUGAUACACCGGUGUACGAAGUAAGUGUGCCAAUGUCCAUAUGA